UUAAAAAGUUGAAAAACAAGCGGAAAGAAGAAUGAGUGAAUAAUGUGAGAGGAAAGAUCAAUGAAUUUUCUUUUAGCACACAAUUGUUUUUAAUUCUCGUCAAGUGAAACUUUAUACAAUUUGUUUUUAGUACAGAAAAUUUUCAUCUCACGAGAUUUCCACGAAAGAAAAGGAUAGCAAAUGAGUCUCAUCGCUGAUCAUCUCACGUUUCAGUGAGAAAAUAAAAAAAAGCGAGGAAAAUUGAAAGAAAAGUGGUUCAAUGCACGUGUGAGACUUUUACUUCGUUAAUUGAGUAAAUGAUGAUCUUUAUUUUUAACUCAAAUCUUUCUCACGACACAAACUGGAAACAUAAAACCAAGCUCAAAUGCUCGCAGUGCUCAUAUUUAAAGUAGCCGUCGAACUAUACGGAAGACUAAAAGGAAGAAUUAAAGAUAUUUAAUAAUUUGAAUAAUAGGAAGGAAAGUAAUAAUAAGAGGAUUAAGACUUAGAAAAAUUUUGAAACUUGACAUUUUACAAAAGGAAGUUGAAGAGGACAGUCAAGCUUUGUCAAUUAAAUAAUUCUAAAGACUAAAAGUGCUUAUAUAAAAGUGAAAAUUCUACUGGAAAAAAAAUAAAUUACGAAUAAUUUAAAAUUUUAAAAAAAAUCAAUUUUAAGAUUUUUUAUAAAAAAAAAAAUUGUGAGUUAAAAAAGACUUUUAUUGAAAAAAAAAAUAAAAACUCACAAAAAAAAUUCUAAAAGUCCAUAAAAUAAAAUAAAAUCACAAAUCAAGUCAUCAAACAAGAAUAAAUCUUGGCAAAAUCUUCAAAACCUCAACAAAAUAAAUCUUCAAAGAAAUUUUAAAAAAAUUUGCAACAAAAUUCUUCAAAAGCCACAAAAAUCCAAAAAAAAAAAUAUCUUCAACAAUCAAAAGCCAGCACAAUAAAUUAUUUUUCGCGCUUAACAAGAAAGCAAGACAAUUGUGUGAGCGUCAGCAAGAAAAAUAUCAAAAGGAACGAAAUUUUCAUCACCUUUUGUGAAUUUCAAAAGUAUCAAAUUACUGCGAAGGAGGAAAAAAAAUAAAAAUUUAAGAAGUUUGAAGUGUACAGGAAGGCAUCAAUAUGUCAUUUUGUCGUAUUACGGGAAGAUCCCGUUCGUUACCAAAAUCAAAUUAUUUUCCAAUUAUACCGCCCAUCUCUCCCGAUGAUGCAAAGCGAUUCUGUCGCAUUACUGGAAAAAGCUAUGGCUUGCCAUCUCAUCACUUCAUCCCUGUUGUCCUUAUGUCAUUUGCACUUAGGAAGAAAAUGAAAUGUCGCAUUACAAAUAUGGCACCGUACUUGGAAAGACAUCAUUUUCAGCCGGAUCUUCAUUAUGGAAAGAGGAAGCAUAUUGUACUAUUGGAUUAUCGUUAUGUAGUUCCAGUUUUGGAUAUUGACUGUGAAACACAAAAGAAAUUGCAUGAUAUCUUCAAUACCAAAGAUCUUGUGGACGAGAAGCAUCAUUUUGUGUAUCGUGUUGAUGACAAGCAGUGCAAUUUGGUAUUUCCAGCAAAAUUAGAAGAAGCUAUUCGUGAUGGUGAUAUUUGUGAUAUAAUGUUUGCAAAGGAUACCGAUUCAAUUCUCUUGCGACUUAAGGAAGGCAUAAAUGUGUCAUUGGAUCUCGCUUUGUAUACUGAUAGCAUCGAAGAUUUAUUUGAGGGCGAGGGACCAAAAGAAGAAGUCAUUUUAGAACGGGAACGUGAAAUAGAGGAAGAGAAAAAGUCAAAGAAAAUUACAAAGCAUAGUCGAAAGCAGUUGAGUAAUAUGGCGAAAAUUUUUGAGGACAAAGAAAAUGCAGGUGACGAUGACGAGGAAGAUGAGGUCGUUAAAAAGUCAAUGAAGAAAAAGGCAAAGGCGAUGAAAAAUGUCCCAAAAAAUGUCAAUAAGAAGGAGGUCUCGAAAGUUAAGAAAUUAUUAGAAAAAAUUGCUGAAGAUGCCUCAAAGCCAUUUCAAGAUCUUGUCAAGCCAAUGCUUGAAAGUUGGGAUUGGGAUACUUAUGAAUGGGAGGCAAAAAAUGUCAAGAAAGUGAAAUCUGUGUUGACAAAGAAAAUCAAGCCAGCCGUUGUGUCACCAGCAAAAAUUAAUGUAACCUCGAGAGUAAAGAAUUUCGAGAAGAAACUGCAUCUUGACAACACAGUCGGUUUUGAGUGUAUUCCACUCGUUGGAUGCUAUAAAAAACCAGAAUUAAAGGCAUUCGUUCAAAAUCUUAAUCAAUAUCAAACGGCAACGACCGAGAUGAUGAAAAAAUUAGAAAAUGUCGUUGAGAAAUUUCAGAAAGCUGAUUAUGAAAUCAGUAGUUUAUUGCCGUCCGAAGACGAGCUAUUUGAUGUUUUACAAAAUAUCACAAAGGGACAUAAAUCAGAAUUGAAUGGUAUUCCUGGCAAAGUCAUCGACAUCGAAGAUCGACGUGUCUUUUUGCCUGGUGAAUUUAUUACCAACGAGGAAGGCACAGAAGUUUUUUGUCCUGGACAGUCCGUGAUUAAUGAGAAGGGAAAGAGAGUCUUUGUUCCUGGUUUGACGACAUUUGAUCCAAUGAUUGGAACUGCCAAGGGUAUCAACUUUAUUGCUGGACAAGUCAUGCAAUCAAAAGAUAAUCAAAUGCACUUCCAGGCUGGACAAAUCGUUAAUGAUGAAUUUAUUUGUGGACAGACAGUUUUCUUGAAUGAUGAGCCUAAGUUUGUAGAAGGACAAACAAUUGUAACGCCUGAAGGCUUCCGUUUUGUUGCCGGUAUGUUUGAUCAAAAUAAUAAUCUCGUACCCGGAAAAAUGAUGAAGCUUCCAAAUGGUGAAGAGAAGUUUGUUGCUGGUCAAAUGACUGAAAUUUUCAUGCCCGGACAAAACAUUCAAGUUAGUGAAAAUGAAUGGAAAUUUGUUUGUGGACAGACUGUUAUCGAUGAGACUGGAGUAGAGACGUUCUGUCCCGGUAAAACAAUUCAAACAAAAGAAGGAAGUAAAUUCGUUGCUGGUCAAUAUAAUGAUGAAGGAGUUUUUGUUCCUGGCAUUGUCAAGAAAGUAGGCAAAGAUAUGAAGUUCAUUCCUGGUAUAUCAAUUGAAACAAAGCAAGGCAUUCAAUUCGUGGAAGGUCAAAUGGUUGAAUCGGAAGAGCAUGGUCAAAUUUUCAUGCCAGGAAAAACUGAAAUUAAGCCCAAUGGACAAGCUGAAUUCAUUAUUGCAAGCAGUAUCGAUAAGAUUGAUUUCCAUCAACCACCACCAUCGGGUGUUGUAAUUGAUUCACAUUCAUUGGAAGUGACUGAAUCAAGUAUGACAGUUUUUGGAAAUAUGGUUCAAACAGAAUGUGGAAUUGAGUUCUAUCCUGAAAAAAUUGGUGAAGAAAGCUUGCCCCAAGGAAAAAUGAUUCCCGGAAGAUUAAUUCGUCAAGGAAAAGAAUCGAAAUUCGUUCCAGGAAUUAUCAGUGAGGAUGGUGGAUUUAUUCCUGGACAGAUUGUAAAUACACCAAAUGGAGAAGAGUUUGUUCCUGGUCAAUUAGUUGAAAGCGCUGCAGGUCUUAAAUUUGUGCCUGGUCAGGUGAUUACUCUUAAAAAUGGCGAACAAAAAUUCGUCCCAGGUGUAACAGAUAAAAGUGGAAGAUUUAUUCCUGGACAAAUUAUUGAUACUCGUGUUGGUCCGACAUUCAUUCCUGGUCAAAUUUGUUACACAGAAGAAGAAGGCGAACGAUUCGUGCCUGGUCAAAUUGUUGAUGGAUGUUUCGUUCCCGGAAGAAUUGUUGAAACUGAUGAUAAAGUCACAUUUAUUGCGGGACAAAUUGUCGAUACACCAGAGGGAGUUCGCUUUAUUGCACCCGACAUGAAAGGAAUGGGAGAAGAUUAUGAAUUCAAUUUGCAAGGUUUCUCGGUAACACCAGAAGAACUUGAACUUAUUAAACCACAACAUAAUUGGGCCUGCUCACUCGCUAAUCCCGGUGAACUUGCCAUUGAUAGUAUUAUGAUGAAACAGCUUUCAGCAGCUGGCAUGUCAAUUGGACGACAAGUUGAAUCAGGUGGAGUUGACAUCGUCCUACAAAGCACAUUGAAUAGAGAAGUUGUUGAAAAAUUUUGUGAUAAACAUGAUGGAAUCAGCGUUGAUGUUGCUGAACAAAUUUUCAAAAUGAUUAAGCAGCUAACAGAUGAUCACAGAGAGAAUAUUAAUCUUCAAAAUGUGAAUCAGAAAAUCUUGGACAUGUGUAUGUCGAUGAACUCAGGAGAAGAAUACGAGGAAUUAGAAACAGAUGAUGUUGGCAUGGUGAAUGGAAAAGGCGAUAAGGCAAAGAAAAAGAAAAUUGUCAAACGUAAAGGCGUGACGAUGUCAAAAGACCACGCUAUGUUGUCUGAAACGGAUCAGAUUGUAAAAGUAUUAACGACAGUAAUGAUGGAAAUUCUCAAGAAUGAUGAGGUUAGUGCCAUGGGUCUAAAAGGAUCACUAAUAAGUCAUCAGAACACAAAUGGGCAUGUCAAUGGAAAUCAUCACAAAAAUAAGGUCGAGUCUGUCUACGAAAUUAUCUCAAACGUACUUAAUGACUCGUUAAAAAUACUCAACGUAGAUCAGCUUCAAAAUACAUUCUCGUCAGCAAAUACACGUGAGCUUGUUUUAGAAAAAUUAAGCACAACAAUUCACAAAGUCGAGACACUUUGUAGACUAGAGGAAAUGAAGCAAAAUCUCAUGAAUGCAGCACUUGGAUUAUUUAAUGGAAAUAAUGUAGAUUUUGUGAAUGGCGGUGAUGAAGCUUCAGAAGACAACAAUGAGUUUAUGGCUGAGCAGUUUUGCAAUAAUAUCGAAAAUCCUGAUGUUGCCAAAGCCUUUAGUGCUAUGACUAAAAAUAAUCCAAAACUUUUGAUGAAAGUAAUUGAUUCGAUUACAAAUAACAAGGAACAAUCAAAAGAAAAUGUAUCUAUGGAAGAUUUAAUUCAAAAUGCUAUAGUUGAGGCUGUAAAGCAGGAAAGUAAUCACAAACUUGAUGAUCUUAUUCAAACAAAAGAUGUUGUACAGCUUAAGAACCUUCUAAAUGAAUCUGUAACUCUUGCAAAGGCACUCGGAAUGUCUAAAGAAGCUACAACAAUUAUGAAGGCUUUGGAAAAAGCUAUUGCAUCUGGUGAUGUUUCAAAAAUCAAGCUUGAUGACGCAGCAAAGGAAGUGAUUCAAAGAAUGUGUGUCAUGAAGCAACUAGCUGAUGUUGAUCCUGAAUAUCAGGAAGCUUUAGAAAUAUUAACAAAAUCUCCAGAAAAAGCUGCAAAAAGUAGGAAAGUAAGGAAACUUGUACGCAAUAGUGGCUUAAUGGCAGUUCCAAUUGCUGAGAAGGAAGAUAUCAAGUCAUCAAAUGACAUCCCCGUUGAUUUAAUGAAUGAGGAAAACUCAUUAGCUAUGGAAGAAUAUUUACUUAAGAAAGAUUCUGGAAGGAAGCCAGUUAUGAUCAUAAAAGAUGGUGUUCAGCUUAUCUUCCCACGUGAAAAAACUCAUGAUGUCUUAGCUGGAAAAUGUGAAUAUACACUCAUUAAUGAAAAUGGAAUUCAGCAUAUCGAACCAGCUAAGAAAAUAGCCAAAACUGAAGAAAAGGUGGAAAUACUCUGCAAAUUUAAUGACUUGAAAAAAAUGUUUAUGACUGUUGACGCAGAAGAACAGGCAGAUGUGGGCGUUAAAGGCACUAAAAAGAAGUUUGGAAAGAAAGAAGAAGCUGCUCAAGCAAAAGCCAAAGAAGAGAAAUUAAAGCUAGUCGAACAAUUUUGUGAUUAUGUGGACGAUCCCGACAUGGCCAGUGCUUUCACAUCUAUGAGUAAAACUAAUCCACAGUUGCUCAUGGAUGUUCUCAAUUCAAUUACAAAUAAGCAGAAUGUAAAUAUUGAAGAAGUAUCAAUGAAAGAUUUGGUACAAAAUGCAAUCAUUGAGGCUGUAAAGCAAGAAAGUAGCCACAAACUUGACAACCUCAUUAAAGCUAAAGAGGUCACUCAAAUUAAGAACCUUUUAAAUGAAUCUGUGACUCUUGCUAAGGCACUUGGAAUGUCUAAGGAAGCAACGACUAUUAUGGCUGCAUUAGAUAAAGCUAUCAAAAGUGGUGACAUGACACAAUUCAAAUUGGAUGAUGCUGCUAAAGAAGUCAUUGAACGAAUGUGCGUUAUGAAGCAGCUUGCAGAAACAGAUCUAGAGUAUCAAGAAGCUCUCAAUGUGUUGACAAAAACUCCAGAGAAGGCAGUAAAGAACAAUGUUGUAAGAAAGCUGGUCCGUAAAAGUGGACUUAUGUCGAUUCCAGUGGCUGAAGACACUAAGAUUGAUGAGAUUCAGUCAUUGAAGGAUAUUCCUGAGGAAUUAAUGAAAGAGGAAAAUUCAUUGGCUAUGGAAGAUUAUUUACUCAAAAAAGGUAAAGGCAGAAAGCCUGUCAUGAUAAUCAAAAAUGGUGUUUCGUUGGUCUUUCCACGAGAUAAGACUCAGGAUGUUUUGUCUGGUAAAUGUGAGUACACAAUUAUUGAUGAAAAAGGAAUCAAGCAAUACGAUCCAUCUAAAAAAUUAGCCCAAAAAGAAGAAAAAACUCAAACUCUUGGAAAAUUGGGUGAUUUGAAGAAAAUGUUUAUGGCUGUUGAAGCUGAAGAAAAGGCUGAUGUUGGAGGGAAGGGCUUAAAGAAGAAGUUUGGAAAGAAAGACGAACCAACUUCAGCAGCUGCUCAAGUUAAAGCAAAGAAGGAAAAACAAAAAUUAGUCCAGCAAUUCUGUGGCUAUGUAGAUGAUCCUGACAUGGCCAGUGCUUUCAGUGCUAUAGCCGAAACGAAUCCACAAUUGCUCAUGAUAGUUCUCGAUUCAAUCGCAAACAACAAGGAUAAAGAAAUGGAUGAAGUGACAAUUAAAGACAUAAUUCAAAAUGCCAUCAUUGAAGCUGUGUCUCAGGAGAAUAGCCACAAACUUGAUAACCUCAUUAAAGCUAAAGAAGUCACUCAAAUCAAAAACCUUCUUACCGAGUCUAUAACACUUGCUAAAGCACUUGGUAUGUCAACAGAAGCAACGACUAUUAUGGAUGCAUUAGACAAAGCCAUCAAAACUGGUGACAUGGCACAGAUUAAACUUGAUAAUGCAGCAAAGGAAGUAAUUCAAAGAAUGUGUGUCAUGAAACAGCUUGCUGAGGCAGACCCUGAGUAUCAAGAAGCUCUAGAAGUAUUAACCAAAAAUCCAGAUAAGGCUGUCAAAAAUGAAGUUGUAAGGAAAUUGGUCCGCAAAAGUGGUCUCGUUUCAAUUCCAGUUGCAAAAGAUGAUCAGGAAGACGAGAUUCAAUCAUUAAAGGAUAUUCCAGUUGAUUUGAUGAAUGAUGAGAAUGCAUUGGCAAUGGAAGAUUAUUUACUCAAGAAAGGUAAAGGCAGAAAGCCUGUCUUAAUCAUUAAAAAUGGUGUUUCAUUAGUCUUUCCACGUGAUAAGACUCAAGAUGUUCUAUCUGGUAAAUGUGAAUAUACUUUAAUUGAUGAAAAUGGAAUCAAGCAUUUUGAGCCACCAAAAAAAGUAGCAGCAAAGGAUGAAAACACCAAAACUCUCUGCAAAUUUAAUGAUUUAAAGAAAAUGUUUAUGACUGUUGAGGAAGAGGAAAAGGCUGUUGUUGGUGGUAAGGGCACCAAAAAGAAAUUUGGAAAGAAAGACGAACCUCAAGGAGCUGCUCAAAUUAAAGCAAAACAGGAAAAACAAAAGCUGGUUCAACAAUUCUGUGGCUACGUUGACGACCCUGAUAUGGCAAUUGCUUUCAGUACAAUGGCUGAAACUAAUCCACAGCUUCUUAUGGAUGUUCUCAAUUCAAUUACAAAUAACAAGGAUGUUAAUAUGAAGGAUGUGUCAAUGAAGGAUAUAAUCCAAAAUGCAAUUGUAGAAGCUGUUAAGCAAGAAAAUAGCCAAAAACUUGAUAAACUUAUUAAAGCUAAGGAAGUGACUGAAAUCAAAAGUCUUCUUACUGAAUCUGUGACUCUCGCAAAAGCACUAGGUAUGUCUAAGGAAGCUAAAACAAUAAUGGCUGCAUUGGACAAGGCAAUCAAAACUGGCGACAUGACACAAUUCAAAUUAGAUGAUGCAGCUAAAGAAGUCAUUGAACGAAUGUGUGUUAUGAAGCAGCUUGCAGAAGCUAAUCCUGAUUAUGAAGAAGCACUUGAAGAACUUGUGAAAAAUCCACAAAAGGCUGUCAAAGACGAAGUUUUAAGAGAAUUAGUCCGCAAAAGUGGUCUCAUUUCCACUCCAGUUACUGAAGAUUCCAAAAAGGAAGAGAUUCAAUCAUUAAAGGAUAUUCCAAUUGACUUAAUGACUGAGGACAACGCUAUGGCUAUGGAAGAUUAUUUACUUAAAAAGGGCAAAGGAAGAAAGCCUGUUUUGAUCAUCAAGAAUGGUGUACAGCUUGUAUUUCCACGUGAUAAAACUCAUGAUGUUCUAUCUGGCAAGUGUGAAUAUACAUUGAUUGAUGAAGAUGGAAUUAAGAAUAUCCAACCAGCUAAAAAACUUAAUACAACCGAGGAAAAGAAGGAAAAACUUUGCAAAUUUGAUGACUUAAAAAAGAUGUUCAUGAGUGCAAAUGGUGAGGAUGGUGAUGGCAUUGUAAGAACAGGCCGUAAAGUCAAAUUCGGAAAAACACCAGCAAAAUCAGGAAUGCCAAAUAUUAUAGUCAAUGACAAAAAUAACGAUUUUAUUGUCGAACAAUUUUGUGAUUUUGUUGAUGAUCUUGAUGUGGCGAGUGCCUUUAGUGCUAUGACAAAGAAAAAUCCACAAUUACUUAUGGAUGUCCUCAAUUCAAUUACAAAUAACAAUGAUAUAACUAAGGAAAAUGUAUCGAUGAAAGAUUUAAUCCAAAACGCAAUUGUCAAAGCUGUAAAGCAAGAAAGUAAUCAUCAACUUGAUGACUUUAUUCAGACACAAGAAAUUACACAAAUCGAGUCUCUUCUUAAUGAGUCACUGAUCCUUGCAAAAGCAUUAGGAAUGUCUAAGGAAGCUAUGACAUUAUUAAGUGCAUUAGACAAAACUCUUGCAACUGGUGAUGUGACACAAAUUAAGCUUGAUGAUGCAGCAAAGGCUGUAAUUCAAAGAAUGUGUAUUAUGAAGCAACUUGCUGAGGUCGAUCCUGAUUACCAAGAUGCUCUCGAAUUACUUACAUCAUCUCCACAUCGUGCUGUCAAAGAUGAAAUUGUAAGAGAACUUGUACGUAAAAGUGGUCUCAUAUCAAUUCCAGUAGUUGAGAAGCAUGAUAUUCAAUCAUCAAAUGACAUCCCAGCAGCAUUAAUGAAUGAGGAAAAUGUAUUAGCUAUGGAAGACUACCUACUCAGAAAUGGAUCAGGAAGUAAAGCAUUUUUGAUUAUUAAGGAUGGUGUUCAAUGUGUUGUUCCACGUGAGAAAAGCCAUGAUGUGUUAACAGGUAAAUGUGCAUAUACAGUUCUCGAUGAAAAUGGCAUCAAACAUUUUGAACCACUUCACGUUAUGAAUGCAUUGAAACUUAACACACCAAGCCAACAUCACAGAUUCUCAAUUUAUGCAAAUGAUGAAACAUUAAAUGAACUUUCAAAACUCAGACAAGGCAGCACGACACCAUCAUAUGACGUCCAAACACGAGACUUUCAAUUCUCAGCAUGUGAUUUCGCUGACGGAACGGAUUUACCUUCAAGCGAGAAUGAUGAUAAUAGUGAGCAUGGUGCUGAAUACAAUGAAUUUUUCGUUAAAAAUAAGAAUUAUGAAGUAGAUCCAGACACCGGCUAUAGACGACCACGCAGACGACGACUCAACGACAAAGAAGAUCCAACAUCAAAUCUUGACUUCCAAACGACACUUAUGCUCAGUAAAAGAAGAGGAGCACGACCGGAUCGUGUCUCAAAAGCUCCAAUUACUACACAGGUAUACAGACAAUACACACAAGUUAACGAUAAUAUAUACAUUAUGCAUGCAUACGUCUUACAUGGUAAGAAGGAAAAAAGUGCAACAGCUGCAAGAUAAAUUUGAAUACUCUUUUUAAUCCAUUGCAUCACAUGCGUCAGUUCAUAAAAAUUGAAAAACUUUUUUUUGUUUACUCUAAAAAUAAAAAUUUAAGCUAUAAGAAAAGAGAAAAACUAAUAAAACUUGACAUCUGUUUGUGCUUUUUAAUUUAAAUACAUCCAUUCCUUGUUGUGAAGGAUAGGAAAACAUAAAAAUGUAUCAUGUAUAAAAUGUAUCGUAUUGUUGAUAUUAAGUAAAAUCUUCUAUUUGUAGAAAUUAGUUCAUUGCAUUGAAUUUCUUUUUUGUAUAUUUUCAAAGAAAAUUAUCUGAAAUCAACAUUUUUAAUGGAAAUUAAUUUAUUUUAAGCUUCUUAGUGGUAAUUUUACAAUGUGCAGAUAUGAAAUAAAAUAAACAUAAAAAUCUGGUUCUUCUGCGUGUGCUCUUAUUUCGCCUAUAAUGAUCUGUUUUUGCACACAUCUGAUCGAAAAAUAUGGGUGAAUGAAAUUUGAUUUCCGGAUAGUCUGAAACUCAAACGUUUCGGAAAUCGGCUAUAUCAAUAAUUUGUAUUAUUGCUUAUUUAAUAGGCUAUAAUGUGUUCUCUUUAGACACUCAGGGUCGUAAGUUGAACAUCAUUUAAAAUCUAUUUUCUCUUCUGCAAAUUGAUUCUUGAUGUAUUUUUGUUGACUAUUGAGUCUUUAAACAUUUGGGUUAAAGAAAGAGCGAAGGUCAAACUGAUCUUACUCAAUUUUACUUCAUUACAUCAGCUUUUUGAGAUUGAUUGAUGGGUUAAUUGACUUGGGGUAAUUUUUGGAUGACCUUCUAUAUUCAUGUCAAAUGGAUUUUAAUUUUACAAAAGUUUUGAAUUUCUAUGAGUUAAAAUUGGUCUCUUUUGUGGUUCUAAAGUCCAACAAAUAAACUGACAAACUCUACUCAAGGGUGUGGCACUGAAGAAUUACAUUUUGAUAAUUUUUGAUCAAUUUUUGAUAAAUUUUUUG